GGUAACACAAUGCCAGCUGAGCGCAAAAAGCCCCCAAAUAUGGAAGAAAAAGAAUCUCCCUUAAAUAAUAAAGAAAAAGAAUUUACAGAAAGGCGGCCAGUGAGCACCAGGGAGAAGCCAAAAGAAGAUGUCAAGGUUGGCAUGAAGAGAGAGACUCUAAAGGUUCCUGAUGACAAAAAGAAAAAGCUGGAAGAGGAUAAAAGAAAAAAGGAAGACAAGGAGCGGAAGAAAAAAGAAGAGGAUAAAGUAAAGGCAGAGGAAGAACAAAAGAAGAAAGAAGAAGAAGAAAAAAAGAAACUUGAAGAAGAGGAGAAAAAGAAACAAGAGGAGGAAGAGAAAAAGAAACAGGAAGAAGCAGCUGCUCAACUGAAAGAAAAAGAGGAAGCCCAUCAGCUCCAUCAGGAGGCUUGGGAGCGCCAUCAGGCGAGGAAAGAGCUUCGCAGCAAAAACCAGAAUGCACCAGACAACCGCCCUGAGGAGAACUUCUUUAGCAGACUGGAUUCCAGCCUGAAGAAGAACACAGCUUUUGUUAAGAAGCUCAAAACCAUUACAGAGCAACAAAGGGACUCCUUGUCCCAUGACUUUAAUAGCCUGAAUUUAAGCAAAUACAUUGCAGAAGCAGUAGCUUCUAUUGUGGAAGCCAAACUGAAAAUAUCAGAUGUGAACUGCGCCGUGCACCUGUGUUCCCUCUUUCACCAGCGCUAUGCUGAUUUUGCUCCUUCUUUACUUCAGGCUUGGAAAAAACAUUUUGAAGCAAGGAAAGAAGAGAAAACUCCCAACAUUACCAAGUUAAGAACUGAUCUGCGAUUCAUUGCAGAAUUGACAAUAGUUGGGAUUUUCACUGACAAGGAAGGUCUGUCCUUGAUCUAUGAGCAGCUUAAAAACAUUAUUAACGCUGAUCGAGAAUCCCACACUCACGUUUCUGUGGUUAUCAGCUUUUGUCGGCACUGUGGAGAUGACAUUGCUGGUUUGGUACCAAGGAAAGUCAAAACUGUUGCAGAGAAGUUUAACUUGAGCUUUCCUCCUAGUGAGAUAAUUAGCCCAGAGAAACAACAGCCCUUCCAGAAUUUGUUGAAGGAAUACUUUACAUCUUUGACCAAACACCUGAAAAGGGACCACAGGGAGCUACAAAAUAUUGAAAGACAAAACAGGCGCAUCCUUCACUCCAAAGGAGAGCUGAGUGAAGAUCGACACAAGCAGUAUGAGGAGUUUGCAAUGUCGUAUCAGAAGCUGUUGGCAAACUCUCAGUCUCUGGCUGAUCUUUUGGAUGAAAAUAUGCCUGACCUUCCCCAAGAGAAACCAGCACCUGAGGAACAUGGACCUGGCAUUGAUAUUUUCACACCAGGAAAGCCUGGAGAAUAUGACUUGGAGGGGGGUAUCUGGGAAGAUGAAGAUGCCAGAAACUUCUAUGAGAAUCUCAUCGACUUAAAGGCUUUUGUACCAGCAAUUUUGUUUAAGGAUAAUGAAAAAUGUUCCCAGAACAAGGAUUCUGGCAAAGAUGAAUCAAGAGAUUCAAAAGAUGCCAAAGAUAAUAAGGAAGCACCUGGGAGUGAGGAUUUGGAGUUGGAGCUGGAGAACCUGGAUAUUAAUGAUGAUCCCCUGGAGUUAGACUGUGGAGAUGAGGCAGAAGAUCUUACAAAAAAGCUUCUUGAUGAGCAAGAACAAGAGGAUGAAGAAGCCAGUACUGGAUCUCAUUUAAAACUUAUAGUAGAUGCUUUUCUUCAGCAGCUUCCAAACUGUGUCAACAGAGACCUCAUAGACAAGGCAGCAAUGGAUUUUUGCAUGAAUAUGAAUACAAAAGCCAACAGAAGAAAACUCGUACGAGCACUUUUCAUAGUUCCUAGGCAAAGGUUGGAUUUGCUACCGUUUUACGCAAGGCUGGUUGCCACAUUGCAUCCCUGUAUGUCUGAUGUAGCAGAGGAUCUUUGUUCCAUGCUGAAAGGGGAUUUCAGAUUUCAUGUAAGAAAAAAGGACCAGAUCAACAUUGAAACAAAGAAUAAAACUGUGAGAUUCAUUGGUGAGCUUACCAAGUUUAAGAUGUUCUCCAAAAACGAUACUCUCCACUGCUUAAAGAUGCUUCUGUCAGACUUUUCUCAUCACCAUAUUGAAAUGGCAUGUACUCUGCUGGAAACCUGUGGAAGAUUCCUCUUCAGAUCACCAGAAUCUCACUUAAGAACCAGUGUUCUUCUGGAACAAAUGAUGAGAAAGAAACAAGCAAUGCAUCUUGAUGCACGCUAUGUUACAAUGGUAGAAAAUGCCUAUUACUACUGUAACCCCCCUCCAGCUGAAAAAACUGUGAAGAAAAAGCGUCCUCCUUUGCAGGAGUAUAUUCGUAAGCUCCUUUACAAGGAUCUCUCCAAGGUCACCACAGAGAAGGUCCUGAGACAGAUGCGCAAGUUGCCUUGGCAGGACACAGAAGUAAAGGACUAUGUUAUAUGCUGUAUGAUCAACAUCUGGAAUGUGAAAUAUAAUAGUAUUCACUGUGUAGCCAACCUCUUAGCAGGGUUGGUCCUUUAUCAGGAAGAUGUUGGAAUUCAUGUGGUGGAUGGAGUGCUAGAGGAUAUUCGACUAGGAAUGGAGGUGAACCAGCCAAAGUUUAACCAGCGGCGGAUCAGCAGUGCCAAGUUCUUGGGGGAGCUUUAUAAUUACCGAAUGGUGGAAUCAGCUGUAAUAUUUCGAACUCUCUAUUCUUUCACAUCAUUUGGUGUGAACCCUGAUGGUAGUCCUAGUCCACUGGACCCUCCAGAGCAUCUUUUCAGAAUCAGACUAGUGUGUACUAUCCUCGAUACCUGUGGGCAGUAUUUUGACAGAGGAUCCAGCAAACGAAAACUUGAUUGCUUCCUUGUAUAUUUUCAGCGGUAUGUUUGGUGGAAAAAAAGUCUGGAUGUUUGGACAAAAGACCACCCAUUUCCUAUAGACAUAGACUAUAUGAUCAGUGAUACACUGGAACUGCUGAGACCAAAGAUAAAGCUCUGUAAUUCUCUGGAAGAAGCUGUCAGACAGGUGCAAGACUUGGAAAGAGAAUUCUUAAUAAAAUUAGGAAUUGUGAAUGACAAAGAUUCCAAAGACUCCAUUACGGAAGGAGAGAAUCUGGAAGAGGAUGAAGAGGAGGAAGAAGGUGGAGCAGAGACAGAGGAACAAUCUGGAAAUGAAAGUGAAGUAAAUGAGCCAGAAGAAGAGGAGGGCUCAGACAAUGAGGAAGAAGAAGGUGAAGAAGAGGAGGAAGAGAACACGGAUUAUCUUACAGACUCCAAUAAGGAAAAUGAAACUGAUGAGGAGAAUACAGAGGUAAUGAUUAAAGGAGGAGGACUUAAGCAUGUCCCUUGUGCAGAAGAUGAGGACUUCAUUCAAGCAUUGGAUAAAAUGAUGCUGGAAAAUCUUCAGCAACGGAGUGGAGAAUCUGUUAAGGUACAUCAGCUGGAUGUUGCCAUUCCUCUCCAUCUGAAAAGUCAGCUCAAGAAGGGUCCCCCACUUGGAGGUGGGGAAGGAGAAUCAGAGUCUGGAGACACAAUGCCAUUUGUCAUGUUAACACGAAAAGGCAACAAGCAGCAGUUUAAGAUCCUAAAUGUACCAAUGUCUUCUCAACUCGCUGCAAACCACUGGAACCAACAGCAAGCUGAACAGGAGGAGAGAAUGAGGAUGAAAAAGCUCACUUUGGAUAUCAAUGAGCGUCAAGAACAAGAGGACUACCAGGAAAUGUUGCAGUCUCUGGCCCAGCGUCCAGCUCCAGCAAAUACUAAUCGUGAACGGCGGCCUCGGUACCAGCAUCCGAAGGGAGCACCUAAUGCGGAUCUAAUCUUUAAGACUGGUGGGAGGAGACGUUGAUCCAGCAGCAAGUGUCAUUUCAUUAGGUCCUGUAUCUCUGAUGUUGUGGAUAGUGGAGUCCUCC